AUGAACAAACGUCCGACACCAGGAUCACAACAGCAGCGUCCAUCUGCCUCGUAUCGAUCAUCAUCUGUUGAUGUUCCACGUUCAGCUAAUAGAUCAUUGGUGCCGACCAAUUCUCGAAAUAAUGCAUUAGAACGUGUUGCAAAGAAUCCAAUCCGUUUUCAUGAAGAAAAUGGAAUGAUGGUUCCUGAUGGUUACACUGCAAGACAAAUUCGUCCAGCUGCAAGAGCUGAUAUUGUGACAAUGGCUCGAGCAAUGAAUCAUGAUUUUGCACCAAAAGCAAAAGCCAUGUUUCAAAGUGAAAUUGAUGCAGCACAUGAUGCCAUAGAAAAUGAUCUUUAUAUAAGUUAUCGACAACCAGGGAAAGAUUUCGAUUGUUAUCGAAUAGGAUCUAAUGGAAAGUGUUUUUGUGGUCAUACACUUAGCGAACAUGUUAAAUUUACUGGUAAAGUCAAUCGUUUGAAAUGUCGAACAGCUAAUUGUACUUGCGAUGCGUUUGCUUAUGUUCCAUCGCGACCCGAUGAAGUUGGAGAAUUUUGGUUAACGAAACGACCAGGUUUCGAUGCAUCCACUUGGCGUGCUAAAUGUAAAUGUGGUCAUCCACAUGAUCGACAUGAACCAAAACAUAAGCGAUGUAAAGAAUGUGGCUGCAGUAAUUUUAUUUCGAAUUUUUCAUGUGCUGCUUGUAACAAUCAUUGGGAACAACAUGAAACAUUUUUUGAACGUGGUAGUGAACGUGAACAACAAAAAUUACCAACUGGUGAAUUUUAUAUGCCAUUCUCUGAAUUACCUGAUAUGCAACAAGUGAUUUUGACGGGAUCGGAUGCACAUAUGCCAAGUCCAUAUUUAGAUGCAGCGCCAAGACGACCAUCUAUUCAACAAAGUGGAGAAAUUAGAGGACGUGCUGCUGCACUACAAACAUCUAAUCGUGCAGCAAUUGGGUACGAACAACAGCCGAAUCCAUCCAUACGUAAUGAUCGUAGUACAAAUGCUAAUAAUCGAAGUCCAGUACGCGGUCCAUUACGCGGCAGUCAUCGAGCAACUGAAGAAUGA